GCGAAGUAUUUCUUUUGUUCUGCUUUACAUCUACAGUUGAUAGAUAUUGGGAUAUUUCAACAACCUGAGGUAAAGGAAACGAUGUACAACAGCGUGUAGGAUUCGAAUUUAAUCUCGGUAGCACAACAAAAUAGGCAAAGGAAGGACACAAAGGAAGAAAAGGGAUCGUAAUUGUUUAGAUGGUUAGAGCAGACCGACUGUAAUAUGAUUUCACAAUGAGAAGCAUAGCCUGCGUUUGCUUAAUAAUUGUGAUAUCUGGACAGCUGGUAUAUGUAUCCUCGAAAGCAUGUGUAAUGCAACAAGCCAAAGUGUUAUUUGCUUUUGACGGGACCACAAAUAUCAAUGAUGUCCAGAGAAAUUUAAUGCUUCGGUUCGUGGAAGCAGUUGUUACAAGCUUGCCUGAUGGUAGUGAAGGUGGAUGUGUCUACAUUAAUCAGGAAAGUAAGGAAAUAACACGAUUUACGGUUUCCGGUUCAAGACCCAAUUUGACAGAAGAGGCAGAGCGUAUUCACUGGAAGCCUACAAGACAAACAAUAACUGCUAGAGCGCUCGCCAAAGAAGUAAAUAUGAGCUUUCCUGUUGCAUUUUUGCAGCGCAAAGCAGAGAUAUUUUACUUACUAGUUAGUGACACAACUAUAAUCGAAAGUUUUCCAGAGGUCCUUCUGAAAAAGAAAAUGUUCAUUGUUGUUUUUGGAUCGGCAAUACCAAACAAGCUGAAAAGUUUAGCAAGCAGUGCCGAGUAUAUCAACCUGAUUCGCAACUUCAACGAUCUUAAAAGUGUUGUCGUAACGGUAACACAACUUACACGCAGAGAUUCUUUCCUUAAAUGUGAUGUUGACGAGUACAUGGGUAAAAGGGCUAGCAAGUGCACAAGUUGUAUGAACGUUUGUUCGCAAACAACAUCUAAGCAACCGCGGGCCUGUAACCUUCACUGUCCCUACAUAUUGCUUCCACCAAGAGAAUAGGCAGUGAAGAUAGUGAAAGAUCCACUAAAAGAUGACAUUGUGACGGCAGUUGUUGAAGACAAUAAGUAUGUAAUUAUUGGUGUUCUAAUAAGUGCAUUCGCCUUCAUUAUUAUCUUCAACGUUGGAAUUGGAGUAGUGUGCUAUAGAAAAAAAUUAUGCUCUCUUCGGAAUGCACGGCAAAUUAACCGGCAAGAUUGUUCUCUUCCAGACAAUGUAGCAGUCCUUGAAACUGGAGGACUUGAGGAUAACGAACCGAUUCAACGUCAGACUCAACCUCUGCUUGAUAAUAUACCAUCUACAGAGGAACAUGAGCAGCAUCGCGAGAGACAGCAUGAGCCAAGAGAUUUUCUGAAGAACGAAAAUGAAGAAGAAAUGAAUCAUCUAGCUUUGGGUGAGCCUCGGAUGAUAGAUGUACAAGCCGGAAAAUCUUCUGGCAGGAGACAGCCAGACGACAGGAGCUAAGAUGUCAUAACGGCAUAGUUAAUAGCAUAUUUUGCUUAGAUUUUUUUCUUUUUGUUCAUGCGUGUUUCAUUAUGAAUAUGAUAGGGAUGUGUGUUUGUCAAUGACGAGAUAACGGAACUAUUUUUCAUGUUAUUAUAAACCCGCUAACUCCGAGAUGCUACAUUUAAUACUAUUAAUGAAGGAAUUCACUUGUAGAUGCGUGUUCCUAUAUGAAUAUGAUAGAGAUAUGUGUUUGUCAAUGACGAGAUGACGGGAUUAUUUUUCAUGUUGAACUGAACUCCGAUAGCUACAUUGCAUUAUAUUUAUGAAGAAAUUUAAGAAAAUAUUACUUGUUGGUGCGUAUUUUUAUUUGUGAAUAUGAUAGAUACGUAUGUUUGUCAAUGACGAGAUGACGGGUGAACUGAACCUGCUUACUCCGAGAUGCUACAUUUCAUGAUAUACAUGAACAAAUUUAAGAACAUAUUACUUUUUGGUGUCCGUUUCUAUAUGGUUAUGAUAGAGAUGUGUGUUUGUCAAUGACGAGAUGACGGGACUACUUUUCAUGUUGCACUUAACCCGCUAACUCCGAGAUGCUACAUUUCAUGAUAUACAUGAACAAAUUUAAGUAAAAGUAUUCCUUGUUGGUGCCCGUGAUAGAGAUAUAUGUGUUGGUCAAUGACGAGAUAACAGGGCUACUUUCAAUGUUGAACUGAACCCGUUGACUCCGAGAUGAAAAAUUUCAUGAUAUUCUUAAUUACAUAUGUGUUCCAUGCAUAUCAAGCGAUGUUGGGGAAAAAUAUUUCGUGAUGCUUACCCACAUAUAACAAAUAAAGUAAAACAAGGAAAAUAAAAAGGA